AUGGAGACAAAUGAGAUUUUAGGAAAAGCCAAACCAAUUAAAAGACCAUGGAUAACACCAGAAAUCCUACAAAAGUGUGAAGAAAGAAGAGAACUAAAGAAAAAUAGAUUUACCAACAAUGAAAGUCUGGGCCAGUAUAGAAAGGCAAACAAGGAGGUAAAAAGAGCUAUCAUCAAAGCAAAAGAUAAUUGGGUUGAAAAACAAGCUGAGGAUAUUGAACAAAGCUUAGCAGUAAACGAUUCUAGAAAAGCCUACAGUGUAAUCAAGAGCUUAACAAAGGAGAAGACAGGAAGAACAAAAGUCAUAGAAGAUAAAACCGGUCAGCUGUUAACAAAUAACACCGAAGUGACAGCUAGAUGGAAAGAAUACUGCCGCGAGUUGUACCAACAUCAAGCAGACGUUGAUGGAACAGUAUUAGCAGAGGCUACAUCAGAGGGAGAACCAGAACCAGUCAUCUUAGAGUCGGAAGUAAGGGCAGCGAUUAUAAAGUUGAAAAUGAAUAAAGCACCUGGAUAUGACAAUCUUCCAGCAGAAUUAUUUAAGUGCGGUGGGAUCCCAUUAUCGAAACCUUACAUCUUCUGCGCAACCGAAUACUCCAAACUGAGAAAUCAUCAGAAGAAUGUUUUCCACAACUUUAUUGACUUUAAAAAAGCAUUCGAUAGGGUAUGGCACGAAGUGCUAUGGCAUACAAUGGCCAAGUAUAACAUCAACCAGGGUAUGACUAGGCUUAUCGAAGAAUUAUAUGAGAAUGCGAAAACAACAGCUAUGGUAGGUAAGAACUACAGCGAAUGGUUUGAAAGUACAGUGGGCGUUAGACAAGGAUGCAUUCUGUGUCCAACACUUUUCAAUUUGUUUUUGGAAAGAAUAAUGGAAGAUGCCCUUGAAAAUUUUUCAGGAGGCAUAAAGUGUACAGGACGUGUAGUUAACAACUUACGGUUUGCUGAUGACAUAGACUUGAUAGCGGAAGAUGCGGAAGAAUUAGCAGAAAUAACAAGACGACUGGAUGAAACAUCACACAGGUAUGGAAUGGAAAUUAGUGCAGAAAAAAGUAAAAUAAUGGUCAGUGGGAGGAACAUCAAUCGAAACGUACUGGUCUAUGUUAGAGGAGAACAACUAGAACAUGUGUCAGAAUUCAAAUAUCUAGGUGCAACAUUAACAAAAAAUGGAACCAGCGAAAUUGAAGUUAAACAUCGUGUAGGAAUGGCAACAAGUGCUUCAGCUAGAUUGGAAUCUAUUUGGAAAAUGAGAAGUAUUAGCAUGGAAACAAAAAUUAAACUACUAAACUCGAUGGUAAAAAGCAUUUUAAUGUAUGGAUGCAAGAGUUGGACAAUAACUGAUAAGAUCUGGAAAAAGGUGGAAGCUUUUGAAAUGAAAUGUUACAGAAGGUUGCUAGGAAUAACAUGGCGAGAGAGGCGAACAAAUGGCUAUGUCUGGAAUAAGAUAAUAGAACAUUUUACCAUAGGAAAGGACAGGCCAGAACCAUUCAUGCGCACUAUCGCCAAACGCAAACUUCAGUUCUUUGGACACCAGGUCAGGAGAAAUAAAACAACAAAGUUUCUCAUGCAAGACUACUGUGAGGGAACACGCCAACAAGGUAGGCCAAUAAGAACAUGGCAACACGACAUAAAGGAGUGGACAUCUCUUAACAUUCAGAGAGCUUGUCACCACAGUCUCAACAGGAGGAAAUGGGAGAAGGAUGCCAAGACAUGGGUGCAAUUCGGCCUAAGCGGCUGA